AAUAAUAAUAAUAAUAAUAAUAAUAAUAAUAAUAAUAAUAAUAAUAAUAACAAUAAUAAUAAUAAUAAUAAUGAUAAUAAUAAUAAUAAUAAUAAUAAUAAUAAUAAUAAUAAUAAUAAUAAUAAUAAUAAUAAUAAUAAUAAUAAUAAUAAUAAUAAUAAUAAUAAUAAUAAUAAUAAUAAUAAUAAUAAUAAUAAUAACAAUAAUAAUAAUAAUAAUAAUAAUAAUAAUAAUAAUAAUAAUAAUAAUAAUAAUAAUAAUAAUAAUAAUAAUAAUAAUAAUAAUAAUAAUAAUAAUAAUAAUAAUAAUAAUAAUAAUAAUAAUAAUAAUAAUAAUAAUAAUAAUAAUAAUAAUAAUAAUAAUAAUAAUAAUAAUAAUAAUAAUAAUAAUAAUAAUAAUAAUAAUAAUAAUAAUAAUAAUAAUAAUAAUAAUAAUAAUAAUAAUAAUAAUAAUAAUAAUAAUAAUAAUAAUAAUAAUAAUAACAAUAAUAAUAAUAAUAAUAAUAAUAAUAAUAAUAAUAAUAAUAAUAAUAAUAAUAAUAAUAAUAAUAAUAAUAAUAAUAAUAAUAAUAAUAAUAAUAAUAAUAAUAAUAAUAAUAAUAACAAUAAUAAUAAUAAUAAUAAUAAUAAUAAUAAUAAUAAUAAUAAUAAUAAUAAUAAUAAUAAUAAUAAUAAUAAUAAUAAUAAUAAUAAUAAUAAUAAUAAUAAUAAUAAUAAUAAUAAUAAUAAUAAUAAUAAUAAUAAUAAUAAUAAUAAUAAUAAU